GCAUUGCCAUGUUGUCAUGUCACUUUAUAUCUAGAUUUCCACUAGUUAGAAGGAAUCUAUAUUAAGACCUAAACUAGUAUGCUAGACGACCAAUAUCCACUUGGCCUCAACCUGGACCCAAGUAAAUGCCACUCACCACUCUUGGAGAUGGGAACAAAUGCAUGGACGCAGAUCGUUUCUUCUUCUUCUUCUUCUUCUUCUUCUUCUUCUUCUUCUUCUUCUUGUACAGAGGGAGAUCAAAAGCCAGUUGCAUGAGGAUGAUUCCGAGUCUAUGAAAUCAGAGAUGGAAGAAGAAGAAGAGGAGGAGAAAGCCGGUUGCAGUCUUCGGCAACUUGAAGGGAUUAGCAUCCGCCGAGCGACGGAGGUCAUCGGUUCGCUGAUCUCCUCCUCCUACUGCAGCCGAUCCUUCCCUGCGAAAUGGCAACUGAUCCGGGACAAGCUGGAACAGAUCCGCUCUGCAUUAGCCGCUGCAGCAGAUGGCGGUGACUCUGCAGCGAACACAGAGCUCGUCGGACUGUUGCAAGCUAUAACAUCGACCGCAAAUGAGACGCGGUUGUUGGCCAACAAGUGUAGCGAUGAGUCUUACGGCGGCGGGAGGCUCCGCCUGAGGAGUGAUCUUGAUGUGGUAGCCUGCAGGCUCCACCUCCAUUCGAAGCGCCUGGAAGAGAUCUACGCAUCUGGGGUUCUGACCCUUUCUCGAGCCAUAGUCGUGUCGAGGCCCGGCGUCGGAGCGAGCCGGGAGGACAUGCGGUUCUACGUAAAGGAUCUCAUCUCCAGGCUAAAGAUCGGCAAUUUGGAGAUGAGAGUUGGAGCUUUGAAGGCCCUCAACCAAGUCCUGCGCGAGGACGAGAAGUACGUGAGGAUUCUGGUGGUAGAAGUAGCGGAAGGUGUUGCUCUGCUAGCGAGCUUUCUUGAAUCCGGGAUCGAGGGUGUUGCAGAGGAAGCAGCGGAGGCGAUCUCGGCCAUCGCAGGUUUUGAUUCACACAGAGCAGCUCUUGCCACGGCUGGUGCCGUCGCGCCAUUGAUUCGAUUACUGGAGAUUGGAACUGAAUCGGCGAAGGAGAGAGCAGCCGGAGCUCUGAAGAGAAUGACAGAGAACUCGGACAAUGCAUGGUCGGUUUCAGCUCAAGGAGGCGUCUCUGCGCUCCUCAAGAUAUGUGGCGAUUCCGGCAGCAGCGGAGAGCUUAUUCGGUCAGCUUGUGGCGUACUGAAGAGCCUCGGCGGCGUGGAAGAGAUCAGGAGGUUCAUGGUGGAAGAAGGGGCGGUCUCCAUCUUCGUGAAGCUCUCGAGAUCGAAAGAAGAAACUUCGCAAGUCCAAGCCAUAGAAUUCUUGACCGCAAUGGCCUACGAAGACGACGCCAUCAAGGAGAAGGCGAUGAAAGAAGGCGUGCUCGGCUCACUGGUGGAGCUCCUCGAUCCCAAUUCCCCCUGUUCAUCGAAGGCCAAAGAGGUCGCGCUCAGGGCUAUCGAGGCCUUCUGCUUCUCAUCUCCGAGCACCAUGAACGUCUUGAUGAGCUCGGGGUUCCUCGACCGCGUUCUUUCCUUGCUAAGGAGCGGCGAGAUGUCUCUUCAGGAGCCUGCGCUGAAGGCCGUGGCUCGCCUCUCCGCGCUAUCCCAGGCGAUCAAGAAGGCGAUGGGGGAUGCCGGCUUCAUCCCGGAGCUCGUGAAACUACUGGAGAACAGGUCGUUUCAGGUGCGGGAGAUGGCCGCUGAGGCACUCUCGGGGAUGAUAUCGAUCCAAACAAACCGUAGGCGAUUCAUCAAACAGGACGACAACGUGAACCGGAUGCUGCAGCUGCUCCACCCCGGAGAGAAGUCGAUGACCAAGACGCAUGUGCUCUCUGCUCUGGUGUGCUUGGCCGAUAGCGGCGGCGUCCGGAGAAAGAUUGCGGCUUCUGGGUGCGUGAAACACUUGGAGGAACUUGCAGAGAGUGAUGUAAGAGACGCUAAAAGAAUCAUCAAAAGGCUGUCUACCAGCAGAUUUCGGAGCAUGUUGUCCGGCAUGUGGAGCUGAUGAGCUCAACCAUUAGAGCUGCCGUCUUUGUUCUCUCCAUUCCCAAAUUAAGUGCAAGGAGAUGUACCAGCAACAUUCUUCAUGUAAAUACGAUGUAGCGGUGGCAUGAUCCUUGCCGGAAUCACUGUUCCAGAGUAGGUCGUCGGAUAAGACUUGCUGUGUGACACAUUGAAAUGUCUGCGUGGUACAAAGACCAACAUGAGCAGUUCAUGCACGCUUCCAUUGACCCAAGACAACUAGACAAUCGUGCCUCUGUUGUUUCCCUCGUCAUUUAGGAUUACUUCGGAGUAAUAUGUCGACGAAUGGGUCGUA